AUGGUCAAACUCAAUAUGUUGCAUAGACUACCAACAUUUGGGGGCGAAGCCUCGAGGUUGGGUGAGAAUGCUGGUGAGGCUACCCACCAGCAGUUGAUCGAUCAGCUUCGCGAACUCACCUAUUCCCUCGAGUCAAAUGAUGAUACGAUACAGAGGAUAAUCUACCGUCAACUGGAAAUUGUAGUGGUUCGAGUGGGACGUUACCCUGGAGAAUGGAUGCUACAAUACAUGCAAGGCCAGAAGACGUGGUUGGAUACUUUCUUCCUAGAGAAAGAAGUGGGUGGCUGGAAGUCAACAAGUGGUAGAGGCGUGCCUCUAGUCGAUGUCGGUGGCACUGCCGAUCGUAUUUUAGAUGAAUUCAAGGCCAAGACUGCCGGCAUCGAAGGCCGAGACCAGCCACACAAUACUAAUGCAGCUACUGAGAAUCCUGAUGUUGAGACCACAGCCUAUGACAUCGAUACUCCUCAGCCCGCCAAAGAUGCCAAAUUUACUACAGCAGAAGUGUAUUCCAUGAUUUUCAAGAUGAGAAAUGCUGCCGCUCUAUUCUAA